AGGAAGCCAGAUGCAUAUUGAGUUGUGGAAGGUCACGUAGAUUUAUCAAGAGUUAGGCUAUUAAUUCAUCCGUAUUAAACUGGCCCGGCUCAUGAAUGGUAAGGGGGACAAUUAAAGACGCUUUGUGUCGGCUGCUGUCAUCAACAACACGUGUUAUAUCUCACUGAAAGCUCCUAAUACCAUGCCCCAGAGAAACUCUGACAGCCAGUACCAGCAGGGCUAACACCUGUCCCAACAUGCCCAAGAGGAAGCUAGAGGAAUUGGAGACGUCGGCAGUGGCGUGCACGUCGUCCUCACCACCGCGUACAUCCGAGACUGAUGACAGCAACAGUAGCUGCAGCGUGGGCACUGAUGGCAGCACAGAUGUCACAACCAAGAAAGAAUCCACAAAGCGGACAAAGAAGGCAGUGGCCUUCCAAGGGGUCACAGUGUUCUACUUCCCCAGGAUGCAGGGCUUCACAUGUGUUCCCAGUGAAGGGGGAUCUACUUUAGGUAUGGCCAACAAACACAAUUUUGUUGAGAAGUUCAGCUUAAGAGAUUAUGCCAAAGAACAAAAGCGAAUCCAUCGUGUGAUUAUUGCGGAACAGAGGCGCCAGGGCAAGUUGUUUCCUAGCCCGCUGUUGAGUACAGUUAUGCUGGAAGAUGGUGAAGUUUCAUCAGGGAGUGAGUCGGACAGUGAAUUUGAUGACUACUAUUUUCUGCAGCCUGUGCCCAUUCGACAGCGAAGGAACAUGCUUCGCACAUCAGGAGUGAAAAAGAUUGAAAAUCUGGAGAAGGAUGAGUGUAGGGAGAUCCGAGUAUCAAGAGAAGUUUGUGGGUGUGAUUGUAAAGUGUUUUGCGAUCCUGAGAAAUGUGCAUGUAGUCUGGCUGGUAUUCAGUGUCAGGUUGAUCGGCUAUCCUUUCCAUGUGGAUGCAGUAAAGAUGGCUGUGGAAAUGUGGCAGGGAGAAUUGAAUUUAAUCCAAUCCGUGUAAGAACUCAUUUCAUCCACACACUCAUGCGUCUAGAGUUAGAAAAGAAGGAAUGUGAAUCAAGUGUUAAAGGUCACUGCUCUCGAGAGGGGUCAAAUAGUAUGAACGGAAUGUCAUCUUCUAAUGAUAGUAUUGACUGGACUCAGUUCAACAGCAACGAGAAAGGCAGUUGUCGGGACUGCCAGAACAGUGAGAUGUGUAAUGCUAUGAUGCAAGAGGUUAGGUAUGCUCAGCAGAGGUCACUCCUGCCACAGCAGACAUUUACUUCCUCCAAUCACAUUCAACAGCAGCAGCCACAGCAACACACUCAGACCAAUGGGAGUCCACUGCCUCGUGUUAUGUUGUUCAAUGAUAGUGAUGAGGAAGUUUAUCAUGCAGAAAACACUACAAACUUCUUUCACUUUAGUAAGCAGGAAGAGAGCUAUUCUGAGGCCAGUGAGUGCUCUAGUGACAAUUCUGUCGAGGGAACAGAUUAUCCAAAGUCAUAUCAAAACCUCACUGCUAUAGGCACAGUGGAUGAAGAAACAAAUCAGGAAUUCUGCUCAGUGUCAAAAGCAAGGACGUUUGUGCCCAAAAAUCAAAGCCGGGAGAAAUACAUGGAUCUGAACAAUUCCUCAAACCACAUGUACAAGUUGCAGCCAAUAUCUGAUAUGUUGAAUCCCCUCAAUGCUUCUUCAAACCCCAACUUACAAACCAAAGGUAAUUGGCAUAGACAGCCUCAAAACCAUAGUGACACUGCUGAAAAACAUCUAGGUUCUGUGCCACCAAUAUCUAAAGAAGUAGAUGUGUCCACAUACGCAACCAUGACAACCACUACCAGAGACCAGUUGGCACAAAAGUGCCCCCUGAUUUCAUCUCACAUGGCUCGGCAUGAUGCAGGGUAUGUAAGCAAUGUCACUACUGCCAGCAGAGCAGCAGCCCAUAUCUAUACUGACUUCAGUUUGGAUUCAGACAGUUCUCAGUCUGCAAUCCUUGGCCAGUCCCCUAACCUCUCAGAACCAUCAUACCCAGAUUUUGUUGACCAACGAUCAACCCUGGACUCGAAUCUGGCAUAUGACAGUGCUCUUGGUUCCUCCUCUGGAGAUGACAAUUCCUCUGUAGGGUCAGGUCCUGACAUCUGUAUGACAGGCAGUGUAAGCAACACAUCUUUGUCACUCUCUGCAGAGAAAGUCAGCAGCACUCCAGCAGCAACUGAGAAAGAUAUCCAAGAAAACCACACUUUGUCUCAGAAACAUGACAAAAAGGGCAGCGACAACUUUGGUGAAAUCAUCAAGGAAUCCAUAGUGGAAACUGUUUCUGCCUAAGUGGUUGUCCAAGGCACUCAUGACUUUAUCACUAGUAGAUAUAUACAGGGUAUUCUCAAGUGUUGUAUGUUUGUUCUCUGUUCAUUGCCACUGUCAUGUUUUCAUCAAAUCCUCCACUGAUACUGUUUCAUGUUUAUGGCAGCAGACCAUAUAUAAAAGUUAUUUUGAUAAUGGAAUUGAUAGGUAUUGAUUUGUUUCUGUUUGUCUGAUGAAAAAGUAGGAGGACAAUAUCUGAGUUAGUGACUGAGCAUUUAAGUUACAUUUAUCGUGUUGAGUCUUUCAUAAAACUUUCUGAGAAGGUUGUUUGAAAAAGCUGUAGGUUAGCCAAUGUGCUGAACCAAUGGUAGCUCCCAACAAGCCUGAAUGGUGAAAUAGCAGUGUUGAUAAUCAGGAUACUGAACUGGGCUGGAAUAAUACCAUUGUGCAGUUUUCACAAAACAGUUUAAUGAAGAAGUCAUUGUUGAGGCAGCAAUGUUCCUAAUGAACAUAUAUUUAUUUUAACUUCAUUCGUGCUUCUUGUAAAGUCAUGAGUGUCAGACUGCAUCACCAUCUGAUGACUUAGGGCAAUUCCAUUGUGAUAGAUGCUGUAAGCUGUACUCACUGUGGAAGUUUUCAAGUAUAUAUAUAUAUAUAUACAAACACAUAUAGCUCCCAUUUGCAUUUGCAAUAAUUCUUGUUGCCAUUUCAGAUGAAAUAUUCUACCAAUAUUGCUGUGGUGAUUACCAGUGUCUUGUGUUGUCAGUGUUCUAGUCUUGCCCUAUAGACAGGCUGAAUCUCAAUAUUUAUGAAAGAGACUAUUAUUUUUGUCAAUGUUUUUUCCCCUGUUGUAUUGCCAGUCCAUUGAGUCCUGAGUAAACCAUGCCCUUUGUCAAUUGUAGGACAAAUGCGAAAUGUUUCCAUUUUGAGAUGUUGAACAAUAGUAACUAUACCCCAAUGUAACUGAACAAGUUAAUGCCUGUGUCAUGGAAUUACUGCUAUGUGCAAUAAUGCUUACAAUCCCACCCCAGAAUCAAUUGUUACUGCAAUUCUGUUUUUACUGUACAUGUACCACUGAAGGCCCACAUGAUCAAGUUAAUGUCUUCCUAUGUUUCCACUGUGUCACAGUACCGAUGUUGUAUAUAUUGAACAAGUAUGUCUCAAUGAGGAUCAGCCCCUUAGUCAUGUAUUGUUUUUCCUAUUCAGCCUUCAGUUGACAAAGGGUGUGUUUCUGUAUUUUUGUUAAACUGACUGAAUGUUAGUUUUCAAUUGUUAUAGUGUGAAACUGUUUAUUUGGUUGUUUCAUUGUGUACAUAUUCAUUGUUGUCGAAACAUUUCAAAGCAUUUAGAUAGAUGGACCAAACAGCACUUUGUACUUAAGCCUAUUCUAGGCUGUCAACGAUUCCACACUCUACUACAUGUACCACAUCAUCUUUUUAGGUUGGCAUUGUCAAUAAUUUAUGCAGUUGGAAUAUUGUGACUCUAAAUGGCAAUACCUAGUCUUCAUAAAAGUACAAAAUACCCCAAACUGGUACUUUUAGUGUGGUGGCUGGUUUGUGGUCAAAGGGACGUAACUCAAGUCAUACUAUGAUUAAGCACAUAAUAACUCCAUUUGUUUUUGCAUAUAUCUCGAUGACAUGUUCAAUUCCUGUAUGUUUAUGGUAGUUUGUGGAAUCUUUGAUGCCUUGUACAUUUCAGAGGAACCGAUAAUUUACAUCAGUGAAAUUUUAUUUUUCAAAGUCAGAUACUUACAAACAUAGCAAUUUAUUGUUAAAUGGACAUUGCAUUUAUUGAUCCUGAAAAUAAUGUGAUGUAGUUUAUUUUUGUAGUGUCAAUGUUUGAAAGGCAAAUUGCAUUUUAUAACAAGAACACACAUCUCCCAGAUGGCAUGUUGCAGCAUUUGACUUGUGGCAAAUUCAUCUGCUUGCCAAAAUGGAACACUAGUCACAGGUUAUUAACUUGAUUCUAAUCAAAUUGUAAGUGUGGUUUUUGUGAUAGAAUGGUUUUGAUCAAGAUGAAUAGUUUUAUUUUAAUCAAAUGUUUUGAUGUUGCUAAACAUAUUAUGAAAAAUGAUCCAUUGGUAUGAGGUCUUUAGGCAAUAGGAAAUAUACUCGUAUUUGUUCACCUUGUACUGUAUUUGUGUGAAGUAAUGCCAGACAAGGCACAUGUGUUGAUCAUUGUGAUCACUUGAUGUAUAUUUUAUGGAAACGCAAACAGGCAAAGGCUGCAGAAAUGAAAACAAACAGUUCUCAGGAAAUUACUUUUGAAAUUUUGAUGUCUCUUGUUGAUAUCUGAGUGUCAGUAUUGUAUUUUCUUUUGUCUAAGAACAGAACACAAAUAUGUUUUCAAUCAGUGGUGUUUGCCUGAGAAACGCAACUGUUAUUUCUCAGCCUUUUGAAUAAGCUAGUGGCUGUUAAAUGAAAACUGGAAGAUUACAAGGUGAGUUAUCUCAGUAUUGUUGCAGAAUUAUCACCUCCACACUGUUUACAACAGUAUACUAUGAACUGCUGUUGUCUUAUGUCAUUUGUCUUACUGUUGUUUUUCAUCAAGUUUGAUUAUACAUUUGACUAGAUAAAAGAAAUUUGAGGCUGAAAAGAUACUUCAUUUGGUUAUUACCAGUGUUAAUUUAUAUACUUAUAAUACAUGAAUAUCUAACCCCUCCUGUCAAUGUUGUCCCAUAUAAUGGGGAAACAUUCAACCAAUCCAGAAACAUGACAAAUCUGACAUGUUUACAGAAUGUUUUUGUAUUCUGAAAGACUACAGUAAAUUAUUCUGAGAUAAUCUACUUUGAUAGUCAAUAAUGAUCAAAGGCAAUUCGUUGAAGAGCUGAUAAUGUCUUUCAUCACUCUGAUUGAGAAUU